AUGCCACCACCCCUCCCCCCCGGCCUAACCCCCGGCCCCACAAGCACCCCCCGCGGCCGCACCGUCCACGCAACGCAGACCUUCGCCCCGGGAAGCACAAUCGCCGAAUUCACAGAUCAAGACCCAUCCCAUCCCGCUCCCUGCAUCGCGAUCCCAGAUACACCCAGUUUAGCGCGAACAUGUAGUUACUGCCUCGCGGUCGCAGCACCCUCCCUCCCCCUCUCCUUCCCCUUUCCCAUCCCAGGAUCCAGCAGCAGUAGUGGAAGUGGUGGUGGAAAUAAUGAAACCAAAAUCACCCUCCGGACAUGCACAGGCUGCAACACAACCCGGUACUGCACCCCCACCUGCCAAAAAUCCGACUGGGCCCUCGCCCACGGAAAAGGCGAAUGCAAAGCCUUCAAACGGGUCAACGUGUCCCUAGCAGAAAUGGCAUCCCUUUUACCCCCAAGACCCGGCGGCGGACCCGUUAACCUCCCAACCCCAAUCCGCGCUUUGAUCCAAGUCCUCGUGCGGCCGGAGAUGAAAGCCGCGGUUGAGGAGUUGGAGGGGCAUUUAGAUUCGAUUGAUGCGCGGACGGGGGAGGGUACGAAGCCGGAGGAGAUGGUUUUGCAGGCGCAGGGUGCGUUGCAUUAUUUAGGUCGCGAGAUGACCUCUGAGACAAUUGCGGUGGCGAUUGGGAUUACUUGUAAGCUACAAGUCAACGCCUUCAACCGACGCGACGAAGACACGGGCCAGAGCGGCAUGUACGUUAGCCCUGGGCUUUCCAUGAUCAACCAUUCCUGUAUGCCGAACGCAUUCGUGCAAUUCGUAGGUCGAAAGGCCGUCCUUCACGCGAUCCGCGAGAUCAAAGCUGGCGAGGAGGUUGAGAUAUCAUACAUCGACACAACACUACAUCUCGCGCAACGUCAACGUGGCAUGAAGCAAUAUUUCUUUAAAUGUACCUGUCUUAGAUGCGAAAGAGAUCUAGACAUCUACCAAGUCUGCCAGACACAUCCCCAUCUCGAGCUGAACUCAUUCAGUCUCACUCCCGAUCUGGACAAACUCCGCAAUCCCCCCAUCAAGCAGAACCUAAACUCGAGUAAGGAUCUGCAAGCAUACAUCGACCAGAUCUACCCAAUCUGCAAAGAACCGCUACCGCUAUCGAAUCCCUCAGGAAACCGGCAGCAACUCCGUCAACGAUGGAAUAUGUGUAAGCAGCUUCGAGACACAGGAUUGUAUGCUAUUGAACCAAUACCCUUCAUACUUGUCGAAGCCAGCCUUUGCCUCGUCGAGGCCAAGAACCUUGCAUCCUCCCUGGUCAUCACAUGUUUCCUGGUUUUGGAUGUUGAACCAUACAGAAACCCGGUCCCUUUCUCCCAGCUACGGGUAAGGGGUAUGAUGACGCUAGCGCAACUUCUAACCAACACCGAUUUGAUCAUCAAAUCUUACAAAUCGAAGGGGGUAGGCGGUGCUCUUGCGGGAAGAAUUACUGAGGUUCUAAGCAAAAUGGAUCAAGUAACCAUCUGCCGGGUCGUCCUAGAAAUGGUCGUCCAUUAUUGUCCUGCGGCUCAUUCGGGAGAGUGGCAGAUAUACCACAAAGCCAAAGAGAUGCUGGAUGACACCAAGAAUCUUGCUGGCCGCGAUACCGAAGAUGCAAUGAUUGACGCUUUUUUCAAAAACCCGAAAGGCUUGGAAGAAAAGCGUUUCUUCGAGACAACGGUCCUGGAACCACUCAAAGCAAUUGCGGGUUUCUUCCCUGAGGUCAUGGAUGCUGAAUUUGGUGCAUAGUCGCAGGGUGUGGAAUACUGU